AUGCUGUCAUUUUAUCUCACACAUUUCUUUUUUCUUCCUUUUUUUUUUGUUUGGUCUCAUUUUUUCUUUUCCUAUCCUUUCAUCUCUUUUUUUUUUCCUUGCUUUCUUUUCAGUUCCUUCUUUUUCUCUUGGUCUUUUCAUUUCCCUUUUUUUUUUUUUGCUGUCUUUUCAUAUCCUUUUUUCUUUUGCUAUAUUUUUAUCUCCUCCGUUUUUCCCUUUUUUUUUCUUAUCUUUUUUUUUCUUUGGUCUCAUCCAUCUUUUCAUCUCUUCUUUGUCUUUUUUUAUUGUUGUCUUUUGGUCUCUUUUUUUUUAUUGAUGUCUUUUCAUCUCUCUUUUUGUCUUCCAUCUCUCUUUUUUUUGCUGCCUUUUCAUUUCCUUUUUUCAUUUUCUUUUGAUUUCUUACCAUCUUCUUCUCACUUCUAUGUUUUUCUCUACAUUUUCUCCCUUUUUCUAUUUUUCUCCAUUUUUAUAUUCUUUUUUCUCCUUUUAUUUUUCUCUUUACCUUCUUCCCUUCCUUUUGUUCUAUCUCUCUUUUCCUUACAGCUCUUUCUUGCUCCAUCUAUUUCUUUGCCUUCUUCAAUUCUAUCUGUCCCUCCUUACAUCUACUUCUCUUUCUCUCUCUCCAUUUCUUUCUUUGAUUUUCUAAAUAAGCCACAACUGUAA